AUGGCGAUUGUUUUGAAUCCUUCAUCUUUGUUUUGUGGCUUGUUGUCUGUGGUUGUUUUUGAGAGAAUCAAUGGCCAAACUUGGCUCAACGGUCAUGCAACUUUCUAUGGAGCCAAUCAAGAUCCCACCACCCUUGGUGGAGCUUGUGGUUAUGACAAUACAUUCCACGCCGGAUUUGGCACAACCACGGCGGCGGUAAGUGGUGCCCUCUUCAGAGGGGGCGAGGCAUGCGGCGCAUGCUAUAGAGUCACAUGCGACCAUAAGCUCAACCCAAAGUGGUGCCUCCAGCGUGGUGUAGUGACCAUAACCGCCACCAACUUGUGCCCUCUGAACAAUAAUGGAGGGUGGUGCAAUCCUCCCCGCCACCACUUUGACAUGUCUAUGCCUGCAUUCUCCCGCAUCGCACGGCAAGGAGACGAAGGCAUUGUCCCUGUCCUCUACACCAGGGUGUCCUGCAGAAGGAAAGGGGGAGUUCGUUUUACCUUGAAGGGGGAAUCCAAUUUCAACAUGGUGAUGAUCUCUAAGGUGGGUGGGAGCGGUGAUGUUAAGGCGGCGUGGAUCAGGGGCUCAAUCAAGAGUACUAGAACGACGACGUGGGCACCCAUGCAAAGGAACUGGGGUGCAAAUUGGCAGAGCGAUGUGGAUCUUCGAAGCCAAACGCUGUCGUUUAAACUCAUGUUGGUUGAUGGGAAAAUGUUGGAGUUCUUCAAUGUAGUCCCUUCGUCGUGGAAAUUCGGCCAGACUUUUGCUGCCAAGAAUCAAUUCACCUAGCUAAUUAGCAGUAUAUAUGAGUAACAUACAUGUCCAAGAACAAGCAAUUUUUUUCAAAUAGUUGUGACACAUCAUAUUAUCAUUGAUUGUUUGUUAUUCAAUUGAGAAUUCACGACUAGUGCUAUUCAUGGGCCGUGACAUGUUGAUAAACUAAAUCAAGUUUAUGUCACCAUUUUCUUUUGUUUGGCUGGCGAAAGUUAAUAUUGUUAGUUAUUACCCAUAAGGUUUGAAUCACAGUCAAAUGCAAUAAAGUACAUAGUACGGUUAGUACCU